AAGUAAUGUAACUUUCAGAGGCAAACAGGAAGAACUGUGGAGUGCUCGACUGCAAGGUUUCAAUUUGACCCAAUGCUAACAGUACCUGGAAAUCUGCUGACUACUCCCUGCAGUUGAUCAUGGACUUCGUGGAUCCCAUCCUGUCAGUUGCUGAAAGGAUCUACACGCUGGUGGAAAAAGUUAAGGCCAAUAAAAAGCGUUGCUCUCGUGUUGUGAAGCGCGUAAAGGCCUUGGAGGGCCUGGUAAAAUCAAUCAAACAGAGAGAUGCAGUCGAUCGCUCUGCUGAGGUGGAGAACGCCCUGAGAGGUCUGUCAUUCACUCUCAAAUCCGCUCAGGAGCUCAUUGAGAAAUACACUUCGGCAAACUUGGUGAAGCGUAUCCUGAAGUCAAGCAGCCAUGGAGAUGAAUUUAACAGCGUGAAUGAACGACUCAAUGAUGCCUUCUCAAGCCUGUCAUUAGCUCUGCAGUUAGAGCAUGGAAACGAAGUCUUCAAGGUGUUUGAUCUGAUAUCCAGGCAGAAGGAAGAUGAAGACGACAGCAAGGAAGAUGAUGCGGAAUUAAAGAGAAUGCUGAAGGAAUACGGGGAAUACGUGGAGACCAUGCAAAGAGAUCUUGAAGAUAUCAAAUCCAAUGUAAUAAAAAUCGUGGAGAUGUGUGAGUAUGGG